AUGUCCGGCAGUGAUGUCGAGCACGUUUCUUGCUUUCUGAACGGCAACUCUCGUGAGCUCCGGCGCCAAUCUUCUCCGACUACCAACGAUUACUUCUAUGAUGCUCCGACGGAAGACUCCUUUGAAACAUCACUAACUGCCUCCUGUUCUGCCGCACCACCUUUUGCCAGUACCACAUAUUCCGCGCAACAGGGUCUCACAGACUCUCCAAUAUUGCCUGCAACCGCAGGCCUAUCCUCGAACGACCGAUCCUCGCCCGACCCUGACGACUACUAUCGCCCACAUCCACACACAUUGGUUGCAAUCGGUAAUACUGCUGCUGGUUCAGGCGAAUCUUUGAUGGUUGAAGUUGAUAACGCCGAAGUUACCGAAGACCACCCGACACAAUUUCAACGAGUGUGCUCUGUGCCAGCGCACCCAUCGAAGUCUGUGGAAAGCUCAGGGCCCUUUCGCUCGCUCUCAGAUUCAUCAUACGGAAACAUUGGGUUCGGAUCCACUAUCAGGGUACCGCCAGCGCGGGCGUCGACGGCGAGGUCAAGGCAGGUCUCGUUUAAGGACCUCGUGAACAAGUUCAACAACAACCAGGAUCAAGUUCUCCCACUACCGUCAACGUCUACAUCCAGAACUGUUAGCCCGGCUAGCCCUACGGAUGGGUCAAUACAAUCCAAGGCUGCUUCACGUCUGCAACAAACUCACCAUUCGUCAAUUAAGAAAGCCCCAAUACCUCGGUGGAACACGAUAGGCACUUUUGACCCCGAUAUAGCGUCAGAACGUUCUCUACCUCGGCUGAGGACAAGCGACAUCAAAGAUAAUGGUCCCAGCUCUUCCAACCUUUCUCAGCGGCCCCCGUUUGGCCAAUUGCUUGCAUUAGAUACGGGUUUUGACAACUUGGGAUAUGGAACACCCUCACUUCCGCGCCGUCGAGGUUCUGAAGGGACUAUCCCGAGCCCAAACCCAGCAUUUCUAGACCAUCCUGAAUCAGCACUUGGCUUGACGCCUUUGACUCCCACCGCUUGGUAUCUAGGACGUACGCCGUUUCUAGAGGCUGUUCAUACCACUUCGAGUACGCCUAACCACCGAAGAACAAGGAGUGAUUUCGCUGGAGAUCGACCUGGAGGUGUGGCGGUGUGCCUUUCUGAUACCCAUAUGGCGGUCCAGCCCCCCUUGCAGCCGCAGCCCGGCACAUCCCUAGAGAGCCCACAUUCCAAGUCACGCAUUCCAAUUUCUUCCCGCCGCCUUAAUUCAGCUUCCGCCUCGGGCGAUUCAUCGCCGUCUUCACCAACAAGAACCGAGCUAGCUUUCGGCAACCGAUCUGCGCAGCAGAUCGCUCUGCCGCCGAAAGGCGUUAGCCGCCUGCCCAAGCCAUCCCCCAAACAGGCGUCUAAUCCCGCUCGUGAACUGACCUACGAGGGCGAAGCAACGUUUGCGACACCGCCCCAUGCAAGGCGGGAAGUGGCCCCUGGCAGGGCCCGUCAGUACAUCCCUGAGAAGGGUACCCUUUUGGAGGCAUACAUAGCUGCUCCUCCGCCGAAGAAGUCACCGCCUCUCCGUAGUUCACGACCCCGUCAACCCGUCUCACAAACUGCCCAAACGGCGCCACGCUCAAAAGUGGUGGAAACAGUUUCGAAUUUUCAAAGACAAAUUAACUGUGAUCGUGAGCCACGAAACUCCAGGCUCCGAGAGCGACGACUGCCAGAAUUGGGUAAUGUCGACUUUGCAACCCGGCGACAGAGAAUCCAGCAGGCUUUCAAUCGCACAGUUGAAGAGAAUGAACGAAAAGAAGAGAAAGCAGCAGAGCUCCGACGCCAGGUCAAAGCUCAAGAAGACACACAGCAGCCUGUUCAGCCUACUACACCUAAACAACAGUUUACUGGACUUGCGGAUGUGAUUACUUCGGCACAGCCUGAAGAUAACGUGGCGGUAAUCGAGGAACUUGGCGAGUGUGGACAUGAAACAAAAGACAUGACACCCGAGACAGAGGCUUCCAAAGCGCAUCAACAGCUUCACGUCGAUACAGACGUAUCUUUAACAGAGAAUUCUCGAAAUACAACAGACUAUCAUCCGAUGACGAUGGAUUCACCAACAUUAGGCCACUCGGGGAUAAUUUUGAACAGCCAAGGAUAUGAGUCGACGCCCUGCGACCUGCAACCCGACUCCGCCGUAACAACAGGGUCUAACGAGACCCAUACCACCGCAUUUGAUCCAGAACCUCAAGAUGAGCUUUCCAAACAGAAUCUACAUGCAUCGCAUAGAACCCUGUUGAGCCAAAUAAUGCGUAUUCGUGAUUCUAGCCCCAGCAGUUCAUCGUGUGACGAGCAAGAUUAUGGUUUUUCUGAUAAUGAUGAGAAGGAGUCUAUUCCCAUUGUUCUGAGAGAUGCGUUGGCUAUCGAAGACUCUAUAGACAGCAGUGAGAACCAAGAGCACCGUGAUCUUUAUAUCAAACAGGGUGCUACUGAUACCGACCCAAUGAACCGAUGGAGUAUGAGUUCCUGGUCUUCUUCCCUGCAUCACGGAAAUUCUUCGGGUGGGCAAUGUGAGGGCAGCGAUGACGAUCUUUCCAACAUACAGCAUUGUGUCGAGGAUAGCGAAGAGGCUACCACUAAGUCAUGCUCUGCAUCUUCGAGCAUCCCAUCUGUCAUUGGUCAUCCACUUUCUCAUGCAUUGUCCCAGACAGCCAGUGAGGUAACAGAACCAAGUAAAGAAGUCAUAUCACAUACACUUCCUUACGGAUCUUCGAACACACCCAGCUUAAUAAGGCUGGGUGGGUGGGAUUCUAAGCGUGUGUCUCAGCUUUACAUAGAGGAGCUUGCGAGUGGCAGGAAUCAUCCCCUUCCUAUGCCAGCGAUACGUGCGUCUCCAGAGCCGCCACAUUCACGGAUUGAGCAAAGGGACGAAGGGAGAAAUGAUAGUCUGACGGAUGAUCCUGUUCUAAUAACGGAAACUGACCGUAUCCAACCCUCAGAACGGAUGCGACAUCCCGCAAGCUUGUUUUUACGUGACGACUGGGAGCAUGCGUCUCCAUCAAUAAUGGAUUGGAUGCAGAUAGCCGUCGAUGAAGGAUCCGCACAUCAGGACCCCACGAUUGACAACAGCCGGAGAAAUAAUGGUGUCCCAACAUCGCAGUUAGUGACCCCCAACGCACAUCCAAAAGGCGCCGACGAAGGCCUAGGUCUGGCAAUCAAUGUGCAUCCACCUCAGGAGUUUGAUAAUGACGAUGUCCCACCGCCUCCUAUACCACGUCAUGAUCCUCCAGCUCCCCCCUCCGACACUCAAGAGAGCACUGUUCAUCCUCCCCCACAGAUUCCUGUGGUUCAUCCCAACAUCUUUUCGAACGCCAUCUUCGCGCCGCUGGGGCCCGUUCAAAGCACCGAUAGCAGUGAAGACUCCUCUCUCCGGCGACUUGAGCCGACACCUUCCUCACAGACAGUAGACUCAUCGGCAACCUCGUUGGUUCCUUCGACUUCAGAACACCCUCGCCCACGAACCGCGUCCCCAACUCCAGAACAACGCCAACUGAAGAAGCGGCGACACGUCAUAAAGGAAUUAGUUGAUACCGAAUACACGUUCGGGAGGGACAUGAAAGUCGUCGAUGAUAUUUAUAAAGGCACUUCGAGUUCAUGCCUAGACCUCUCCACAGAAGAUGUCAAAGUGCUCUUUGCAAAUUCGGACCAAGUCGUGCAAUUUUCUAUGGCUUUCCAGGACACUCUUAAGGAGGCAGCGAAAAGUGUUUAUAUAAUGCCUAAAUCCCAACGGUGGACCAGCCGGCGUAACGCGCGAAAUCCUAUAACAAAGACGGAUCAAGAAUCUUCUACUGAAACUAGCACUUCCGACCUGGAGAAAGAUAAUGCGACUUUCAUUGGGCAGGCAUUCAUAGCGCAUAUAGCAAACAUGGAGAAGGUUUACGCCGACUACUUGAAGAACCACGAUGCUGCCAAUAAGAAACUUCAGACCCUGCAGAAGAACCCGAAAGUGGCUAUUUGGCUCAAAGAAUGUCGGGACUGGGCAUCGGAUCUCACAACAGCAUGGGAUCUAGAUUCGUUGCUCGUCAAGCCAGUACAGCGGAUCUUGAAAUAUCCGCUCCUCUUAAGUGAACUCCUUGAAUCAACACCUCAGGAUCAUCCAGACCGUGCUGCGCUCAUUAAUGCACUUGAAGAGGUUACGAACAUCUCUGUUCGUAUAAACGAGCUGAAGAAACGUGCAGAUGUCGUGGGGCAAGUGGUUGGCCGAAAGAGAAAAGAGUCUGAUGUUAGGGCAGGCUUGUCAAAGGCAUUUGGACGUCGCACAGAGAAGUUGAAGCAACAGGUUGGCAUAUCCGAUCUGGUCGAAGACAAGGAAUACGAUGCUCUGUCUCAGAGGUUCGGAGACAAUUUCUUUCAAUUGCAAGUUGUCAUGCGGGAUGCGGAGGGGUAUACGCGUGAAGUACAGGGAUCCAUAGACUGCUUGGGCGAAAUCACCAGCGCUAUAGAAGAGUUUAUCAAAGUCGCCCCAACUGCUUACCAUGAAAUUGAAGGCAAAUGCGAUGAGCUGAGGGCGGUUGUUCAAGGUGUAUUGACAGAGGCACUACCCAACCAUGUAAGUACAAUCCAUUGUGGAAGCAUUGGUAUCCAGCAUGACUAA